AUGCCAACCAAUCCAGAUCCAAAUGAGCUGCGCAAAUGGAAGAGAAAGAUUGAUACACUAUGUGCCAUCAUGGAAGACCAUUUUGCUUUUGCUUCUCAAUACACAAGUGAAUCAAACAAUAUUUCCCAGGUCAAGGUAAGACUUGAGGAAAUUAAUGAAUUUUCUGAGAAAUUUGAAGAAUAUCAAGCUGAGUUAGAAAUGUUAGAGGACAAAAAGGAUGCUGAAUGGAUCAAUGUUCGAAGAUCAUUCCGAAGCCGAUUGUGUGAUGUUAAGGCUGCGUUACUCAAAAUCAUAGAUGAUCAUGUUAUCCAUCCAGACAAUGUAUCUAGUCCAUCAAUGAGCUCAGCCAGAUCUCAACAACAUUUAAAUACAUUCAACUCUAUGAGGUAUCCACCAUGUGCUCUUCCUACAUUCAGUGGUGAUUGGCAGCAGUGGUCAUCCUUUAUAGAUACAUUCAAUUCAAUGUUUCAUAAUGAGCAUUCAAACUUACCGCUAGUUCAACGCUUUCAUUACUUAAGGUCAUGCCUUGCAGGGCAGGCUAGUGAUGUUAUCAAAUCUAUUCCUACUACUGCAGAACACUUUCAAUAUGCUUAUGAUCUGUUGGUAAAUCGGUAUGAAAACAAGAGUGCUAUAAUCCAGUCACACAUUCGCUCACUACUCGAGACACCCAAGGUGGUCUCACCGUCUUGUGGUGAACUGCAAAAGCUGCAUCAUCAUGUCACAUCUAACAUCAAUGCCCUCAAGUCCUUGCAGCAACCAGUCGAACAGUGGGAUGCAUGGUUGGUCACUCUUUUAUGUAGUAAAAUGGAUAGUGCUACAGUAGGGGAGUGGUAUCUACAGUAUAAGAGUAAAGAUCUGCCUUCCUACGUGGCUGUAGAACAAUUUCUAGCUAACAGAAUAACAGCCUAUGAGGCAGGGGAUAUGAAUCGUCUGUCAAGUGAACCAAGAAAAAUGUCAACAAAAAGUUCAAAUAACAAAACAUAUGAAAAAAAGGCAUUGUUUGUAAAAUCUAAAGAAAAAGGUUUUGGCAAAUGUCCGUUAUGUACUGAGCAUCACAAAUUAUAUGCUUGCAGUAAAUUCAACAACAUGAGUACAAAUGAUAGAAGGAACUUUGUGAUGAAAUCAAGGCUUUGUUUCAACUGUCUCAACUUUGGCCAUCAAGUUUCUUCUUGUUAUUUUCCUCCAUGUCCUCGUUGUGGGGAAAAGCAUAAUUCAAAGCUUCAUGAGGAACAAGCAAACACCAGUAAUCAAGAUGCUUCUAUCGCCAAUGAUGUUGACAGACCUGAACCCCAUGCAACAGCUAUGUACACUGAAAUAUCAGCUCAGGAAGCUGAAAAUCUAAAUGUUAUUUUAGCCACUGCCAUUGUCAAUGUAUGCGACACUUUUGGGCGCAUGCAUUCAUGCCGAGCUGUCCUGGACUCUGGUUCUCAAUUAAAUUUCAUUACAAAUUCUUGUGCUAAAAGACUUAACUUGUCUACUGCUUCGCAUACACUUAACAUUGUUGGAGUCUCUGCUAUGGCAUCAACAGCCAAACAACUCCAAGAUACGAUUAUGACCUCACGUUUUGGUGAUUUCAAGACAACUAUCAAGUUCUACUCUCUGCAGACUAUAGUCAGUGCCUUGCCUUCUCAGGUGCUCAUUCGGGACAACUUGAAAAUGCCUCAUAACAUACACAACCAGUUGGCAGAUCCAAACUUCCAUAGUCCUGGUCCUAUAGAUGUGUUAUUAGGUGCUGAUAUAUUCUUUGAUGUACUUUAUGGUGAAAAGUUUCCAUUAUCAAAUUUAGCUUGCUUGCAUCGUACCAAGUUGGGAUGGAUAGUAACAGGCAAAAUCUCAACUUUGUCAACUCCUCAUACAUUACCAAACCUCAUGAUACAGAAUCAAUCUGCAUUAUCGUUCUUCACGUCAAAGACCAAUCAACGUAUUCUUGAAGAGUUCAAAGCCGAAGAGCAUUUUCAAUCAACUUUUCGUCGGCAUUGCAGUGGGAGAUUCAUAGUGAAGCUACCAAUGGCACAAGAUCCCAAGGUACUUGGUGAUUCAUUAGACAUGGCUCAAAAAAGAUUUUUAAAUCUAGAGAGACGACUUCAAAAAGAUAAAGUACUCACUGAACAAUACGAUAAGUUCAUUGCUGAAUAUAUUGCCAUGGGUCAUAUGGAAUUAGCAUCACCGGCCAUUCAUAAGCCUACGUAUUACCUGCCACAUCAUCCAGUGUUUAAGACGGACAGCACCACUACAAAGAUGCGCGUUGUAUUUGAUGGCUCUGCGGCAUCCAAGUCAGGACUGUCACUGAAUGACAUUAUGCUCAGGGGCCCGAAAAUGCAACCAGAUAUUUUUAACAUAUUGUUGCGUUUUCGAUUACAUCGCAUUGCUUUAACUGCUGAUGUGGAAAAAAUGUACCGACAGGUGCUAGUGUCCGAUGAAGACUGUGAUUUGCAGCGCAUUGUAUAUCGUUCGCAACCUGAAGAACCACUAAGGCAUUAUAAACUCAAGACAGUCACAUAUGGAACAAAAUCAGCCUCUUUCCUGGCUACACGCUGUCUCCAUGAGCUUGGUGCGCUCAUUGAAAACACACCCAUAGGUAGAAUCAUAUGUCAGGAUUUCUAUGUAGAUGACCUGAUAAGUGGGGGUGACACUGAUGAAGAAUGUUUUGAUAUCCAUAAACAAGUUCACUCAAUCCUUGGUACUGCUGGAUUUCCGUUGCGUAAAUGGUGUUCAAGUUCGUCAACCCUCCUUAACAGCCUUCCACAUAAUCAGAAGGAUCCAAAUUUUAUGAUAAAUCUUACUGAAACUGAGGUGUUGAGCGCGUUGGGACUUCUUUGGCAACCAUCUAUAGAUAGCUUUCGGUUUGCAAUGAAAAACUGGAAUGCUCCUCAACACAUAAGUAAGCGCACACUCCUAUCAGAUAUAAAUAGUGUCUAUGAUCCGCUUGGACUAUUAUCAUCAGUGUUGAUCAAAGGCAAGAUUUUUAUCCAGCAAGUAUGGAGUCUUAAAGUAGGUUGGGAUGACAUUUUAUCAGAAGAGAUAAGAUCAAAAUGGUUAAAAUUUUAUUCAAGUUUGGUUGCACUCAAUGGAUUGAUUAUACCAAGACUAGCAUUACUACCUGAGUCAGACAGUUAUGAACUUCAUGGUUUCUGCGAUGCAUCCCAACAUGCCUACGGUGCUUGCAUUUACAUUCGAUCCAGUAAGCAAGAUGGUGAUGCUGAAGUUAAAUUGUUUACGGCUAGAUCUCGGGUUGCGCCAAUUAAAACCACCACUAUUCCCCGUCUGGAGUUGUGUGGCGCGUUAUUGCUGUCAGAGUUAGUAAACGAGAUUAAAGAUGAAUUUUCAAAUAUAAACAUUAAAUUGUCUACAGAAAACAUACACCUGUGGACAGAUUCAACUAUUGUUCUUGCAUGGUUAAAUAGUCUAAAACCACUUCAAGUUUAUGUUGCCAACAGAGUUGCCCAAAUCAAUGAGCUCUCAUGUGAAAUUCAAUGGCAUCACACACCCACAGCUGAUAAUCCUGCAGACCUCAUAUCCAGAGGAGUUGAUGUUGGGACUAUGGUCUCAUCCGAGUUAUGGUGGCAAGGGCCAAAGUGGCUCAAGAAGGAAAGGUCCUGUUGGCCUGACACACCAAUUUUGCCAUCGGAGAUACCUGAGAUACGCAAAGUCAAAUUAAUCUUAGCAACCACGAAUAAAGAACCUUUCUGGCUGUUGAAGAAGUGUUCUACGUGGUCCAAAUUGUUAAGAACAACAGCUUUAGUUCAACGUUUUGUUUCUAAUUGCAAAGCCAAACAGUUAAACCAUGAGCGGUGCAAUGGAUUAAUUUCUGUGGAUGAAAUGAAUAAAGCCAGAAAUUUUUGGUUAAUGCAAGCUCAGUCUGAGUCAAUGUCAAACGAAAUAGCAGAUUUGCGUUCUGGUAAGAUGGUCCAUCGUGGAAGUUGUUUAAAAGCCUUAAACCCAUUCAUUGACGAUCAGGGGUUGGUCAGAGUAGGAGGACGGCUUGCUUAUGCUUCUGGCCAAUACAAUACAAAGCAUCCUAUUGUUCUACCGUCAAAAUCAUUGAUUACCAAGCUAAUUUUUAAUUAUGAGCAUAUUCGGCUCAUGCAUGCAGGACCACAGGCAUUGCUCGCCCACGUAACACUGAACUAUUGGCCAAUCCGGGGAAGACAGAUUGCAGCACAAAUCGUCCGAAAAUGUGUAACCUGUUUCCGAGCGAGCCCUCAAUUUACUCCACCAUUAAUGGCGCCUCUGCCCAGCGUACGCGUUACUAUUGCUCGACCAUUUGCCAAUAGUGGAGUAGAUCUGUGUGGCCCAAUAUUCGUUCGCAGUGGGCUGAGAAAGGUAUCACCGACAAAAAGUUAUAUUUGUGUGUUUAUCUGCAUGGUUACUCGUGCCAUCCAUUUAGAAUUAGUGUCAUCACUGUCUACUGAAGAUUUUUUGGCUACACUAUCUCGUUUUAUGUCACGGAGAGGUCAAUGUAUGGACCUCCACAGCGACAACGGCACAAACUUUGUAGGUGCAGACCGUACACUUAAAACAUAUUUCAAGGCAACUGUAAACAGCAAUAAAGUACAUGAUUUUCUUACUAUGCGAGAAAUUAAGUGGCACUUUAUACCACCUGCUUCCCCACACUUUGGAGGGUUGUGGGAGAGUGCAGUCAAGUCAGCUAAAAAGCAUCUUCUCCGAGUGUCAAAGGGAGUGUUGCUAACAUUUGAUGAAACCAGAACUUUACUAUGUCAAAUUGAAGCUGCAUUAAACUCUCGGCCUCUAUCUCCACUUUCAUUAGAUCCAAACGACUUCAAUGCACUUACACCAGGGCACUUCUUAAUUGGUGGUCCACUCAUGCUACCACCUGAGCCCGAUGUAUCAUCCAUACCGCAGAACCGCUUAAAACGAUAUUCACUUAUGAGGCAGCAAAUGCAGCUCUUCUGGAAGCGGUGGUCACAAGAAUAUUUGCCUCAACUCCACCGAAGAGGUAAAUGGACCAAGCCGAAUCGAAAUUUUUGUGUUGGUGAUCUUGCAGUCUUGCGUGACGACAACAUGCCACCCCUUAAAUGGCCAUUAGUCCGCGUAGCAGCAGUUCAUCCUGGGGCUGAUGGUGUUGUUAGGGCGGUGACCGUGCGAAAUUCCACUGGGUCUGAAUUUCGACGUCCAGCAAUCAAGUUAUCCCUACUACCCACCGAAAAGGAUCACGAUGAUGAAGAUUAG